AUGAAUGGAAACAAUAAUCCUCCGCCAAAACGCCCGCAGAACACGAAUCGACCGCAAUUCCCAGACCGUUCCGCGUCUCGUCAAACCAAGACAGUCCCGUAUUCCGCUGAAGAGCAAGAGCGUAUUCAGUCUCAGCUAAACAAGGUUCUAGGUCCUGAAUAUGUCAGUUUUCGCCCCGGUGGCGGCGGCCAGAACGUGUCAUACAUAGAGGGGUGGAAAGCACUCAACCUUGCCAAUGAAAUUUUUGGGUUCAAUGGUUGGAGCUCGGAACUCAUCAAUAUUCAGGUGGACUUCUUGGACUCGUUGGGGUCUGGACGCGUGUCUCUUGGUCUUUCAGUCGUGGUUAGGAUCACUAUCAGGGAUGGCACAUUUCACGAGGACUUUGGGUACGGAUUUCUCGAAAACGCUAAGAAUAAGGCUGUUGCGUUCGAAAAGUGUAAAAAAGAAGCCUUUACAGAUGCCUUGAAGAGAUGUCUCCGAUGUUUUGGAAACGUGCUAGGAAACUGCCUCUACGACAAAAGCAUAGUCGCUAAGAUGCAGAAAGUGAAACUUCCACCGCCAGAAUUGGAAUCCGACGACUUCCAUAGAGAUCCACUAUUGGCCAAGCAGGAAUUGGCCCGUCAACGCAUGCGCAGAGAAACCACUCGUGCUUCUAUUCCUGCCACAAGUGAGCUCUCUAAAACAAAUAGCAUGGGCCAGACUCGAACAAGACCGCCCGACACACCAUCUGCAUCCAAUGGAAAUUCUGCUUCGUAUACUGCUUCUACUCCCGCACCUCUACAGCCGUCAAAAAAUCCUCAAGGCUCUGUGGCAGGGCGUUCGUUGACUCCAGUGGAGGUCGGAAAAUACGAUCUAGAUGAUUUUGACGAUUCUUUCGUAUUCAGUGACGAUCUUCCAGUUGACCCUGAGGAUGAGGAUGUGGAGAUGAAGGAGGAGCAAAAGUCAGAUGUCGUUGAUGAAAAGGAUACUGCUGAGCAGUCUAACCCGCCAAUGCCUGCUCAAGUUUUCUUCACUAGCUCCAAAAAGGCUCUUGAUAUUCAGAAGACCCCCAACAAAUCCGAUGUCCCUGUUUAUGACCAUAAGUUCGUGGCCGAGGGUGUGAAGCGGAGCGUCGAUCCUACUAAAUCCACCAAGAUACGUCGUGCAGACCUACCGUCUCCCUUCUCUGCCAGCCAGAUUAAUUCUUCGCGGCUGUCUAUAUCAAAUGGUCCGCCGGGGCUCGGAAAGCGACAAUUGGGUCUACCUCAGUCGCAAAGGCUCCAGACCAAACGUCCACAUAGGGACUCAGAUCAGUCGGGAAAGGAGAACGAAGACACCACCAUGACACCCGGCGAUGAUUCUUGA